CGCCAUGGGCCUCGCCACCACCUUCUGCUCAGCUGCCCUCCUGCUUCUCUGCGACGUUGCCCUCCUCUCCUUGCUAGACCUGGGGCGGCCCUCCCUGGCCCUCCUGGGGGUCCCGGCGACAUGGCUGGAGGCCGGGCUGCGCCUGACAGUUCUCUUGGGGGUCCGGGGGCUGCUGUCUCUGGCCCGGCCCUCCCUGGUCCCUCCUGAGGCCGUGGUGACCUUGUGUCUGUUACCCACCCUGUACUACUCCGUGGGGCAGUGGUUCGGAGACCCCCCUCUCCUGCUCUCUUCAGCCCCGUGGUCCUGGCUGCUGCUGGGCUAUGGGGCAGUGGCUGCAGCCUGCCUCACCUGGUGGGCUCUGGGGCAGGGGGGCAGCAGGGGAGAAAGCAAGAAAGAAGACAGGGCCACCCUGUGGAAACUGCUGAGGCUAUUCACUCCAGACGCCCCGUACCUGGGCGGCGCGUUUGUCUUCCUCACUAUUGCAGUGAUUGCUGAAACGUUCAUCCCUUACUAUACGGGACGCGUGAUUGAUAUCUUGGGCAAGAAAUACAACUCGGAUGCCUUCUCGGACGCCAUCUUCCUCGUUUGCCUGGUGUCCCUGGGCAGCGCUUUGUUCUCCGGCUGCCGCGGGGGGCUCUUCACGUUCAGCAUGUCCCGGAUGAAUCUCCGGGUGCGUGGCCUGCUCUUCUCUUCCCUGGUGCGGCAGGAUCUGGCCUUCUUCCAGGAGGUGAAGACAGGGGACCUGACCUCCCGCCUCUCCAAGGACACAACCAUGAUGAGCCGGUCGGUGCCGGCCAACACCAACAUCUUCCUGCGCUCCCUAAUCCAGGCCGUCUGGCUCUACGGCUUCAUGCUCGGCCUCUCGCCACGCCUGACUCUGCUGACCCUCAUAGAGACGCCCCUCAUGAUGGCUCUCCAGAAGGCCUACGACACUCGUCACCAGGCUUUCCUGCAGGCCAUCCAGGACUCUGUGGCGCGCUCCGGGGAGGUGGUACGGGAAACGCUGUCUUCCAUUAGGACGGUGCGCAGCUUUGCCACAGAGGAGGAGGAGUCCCAGCGCUACGAUGCGGCCCUGGCUGAGACCCGAAGGCUCAAGAACCAGCGCGAUCUGGAGCGGGCGCUGUAUCUGCUUGUCCGGCGGUUCAUCCGCCUGGGCGUCCAGCUCCUCAUUCUCUACAGCGGCUACCAGCAGAUCCAGGCCGGCCUGCUCACCAAAGGGAACCUCAUCUCCUUCAUCCUCUACCAAGGGGACGUGGGGAAUCACGUACAGACCCUGGUGUACAUGUACGGAGAUCUUCUGAGCAAUGUGGGGGCCGCAGAGAAGGUGUUCGAGUAUCUCUAUCGAGAGCCGGGAGUCCGCACAGAUGGGACGCUGGCCCCAGCAGUUCCCCAAGGCCGUGUCUCCUUCCGAAAUGUUUCCUUCUGCUACCCGUCUCGCCCGGAUAUCCAGGUCUUAAAGAACAUCUCCUUCGAGCUCCGCCCCGGAGAGGUGACGGCGUUGGUGGGGCUGAACGGAAGCGGGAAGAGCACCUGCGUGGCCCUGCUGGAGCGGUUCUACGAGCCUGAGUCUGGGGAGAUCCUGCUGGACGGGACCCCCCUCCACGAGUAUGAGCACAAAUACCUGCACAGCCAGGUGGCGCUCGUGAGCCAGGAGCCCGUCCUCUUCUCUGGGUCCAUUCGGGACAACAUCGCCUACGGGGUGGAAGGCUGCAAAGAGGAAGACGUGAUCGGAGCAGCGAGAGACGCCAAUGCCUGGGAGUUCAUCCAGGACCUGGAAGGAGGGUUUGACGCAGAUGUGGGUGAGAAGGGGGGCCAGAUGUCCGUGGGAGAAAAGCAGCGCUUGGCAAUCGCUCGAGCUCUCCUCCGCAACCCGAAGGUCUUGAUCCUGGACGAAGCUACAAGUGCCUUGGAUGUGGAGUGCGAAGCAGCUAUCCAGAGGUCGGUGGUCAGCGGCCGACGCCGGGCCAUGCUGGUGAUUGCUCACCGCAUGCAGACGGUGGAGAGCGCCGACAAGAUCCUGGUGCUGGAAGGCGGGACAGUGGUGGAGGAGGGGACCCACGAGGAGCUGAUGAGCCGGAGGGGACCCUACCACAGACUGGUGCAGAGGAAUUGGACCCAGUAAUUGGCCGAGAGGACACCGGUUGGACAGCCCCACUGGUGGUGGCAGAAUUUGGGGCAGAUCGUGAAACGCAGCUUGGACUUAGAAGAGAAGGUGCGGUUCUUGAGUUGUGAAGAGAUGAAAUGGCCGGAAAAGACUGUACAGCGCCUAGCACUUCAUGGGUGGCAGCGAUACCCCCCCCCCCAAAAAAUUGCUCAACGCAAAAGUGGUUUUGAGUAGCGCCCCCCCUUUCCGCCGGCUGAUGGCUUUUGUUUUGUUAUUGUGUUAUUGCUAGUGAGAUAAUAUAAAUGAUUUCAGUCAACUGUCAACAGUUGUCAUGGAGGUGAAGAAAGAUGUAAAAUUUGAAUAAGGAGAGAGAGAAAAGGUUUGAGAGGGUACACCAUAUCCCUUAAAAACAAACAAGCAAACAGGAGAAAAAUAACAUUGCUGAAACUUCUGAAGUUCUAGUAGAGAUGGAAGAAUUCCUUUAACACCAGAGGGAAAACACUGAGAGCUGUUUCUAAGAAUUUUUUUUGUCAGAAACAGACUUAUGGCUUUAAUGAAUGGGGUUUCCCUGAUUCAGGGCUUUCUAAGGCCUGAAUGACACAAGAUGUUUCUCCAUGAGUUGGAACCAGGUUCUUCAGUUGAAGAAGACCUCUGCUGGAUCAGGCCACUGAGGGUCCAUCUAGUCCAGCCUCCUGUCUCACACAGUGGCCAACCAGUUCCUCUGGAGGGCCAACAACAGGGCAGAGAGUCCGAGGCCUUCAUAAGAACAUCAGAAGAGCCCUGCUGGAUCAGGCCACUGAGGGUCCAUCUAGUCCAGCCUCCUGUCUCACACAGUGGCCAACCAGUUCCUCUGGAGGGCCAACAACAGGGCAGAGAGGCCGAGGCCUUCAUAAGAACAUCAGAAGAGCCCUGCUGGAUCAGGCCACUGAAGGUCCAUCUAGUCCAGCCUCCUGUCUCACACAGUGGCCAAUCAGUUCCUCUGGAGGGCCAUCAACAGGUCAGAGAGGCCAAACAAUUAAUUAUUCUGAACCUAGACUUGUCCAAAGGGGCAAGGGCACUGAUACUGUGUUAAAGGCCCUUAUAAAACAGGUGAAAAAUCUAUUGCCAAGUUGCAAGAAUGUUCAGUGUUCUCACUAAAUACGCAUAUUUACAAGCUUUGCGUGAAAGUUAAUUGCUUCCUGUGGUGAUCUUAUAUUUCUUACAUUAAGUUUGGCUGCCCCUGAAUUUGACAGAGGUGAUGAAAGGAGAUUAGGUUCCCUUCCCCCUUCUAGUUGCACGCCUAGAUUGAUGUUUCCCGCUCCUCCUCGCUUUAUAAAAAAAAAAUUAAAGUUACGAAAGAAACGUUA